AUGGAGCUGUCAUUGUAUACUGGCGGUGGGCAACAAUUGGUUGGACGAUGCAUCAUUGUGGUCGUAGUCAUUGCCCUAGGUAUACUAUUGCCGAAGUGGAAGAGAUCUAGAGAUAUCCGAAAUCUGAAGCGGCGACACAACUGCGCAGAAACGACCAAGUAUCCUCAUCAGGAUGUCCUGGGAACGGAUCUAGCUCGCAUUCGAGCUCAGGCAGUCCAAGAAGGUCGUCUUUUCAGACUGUACAAGUCACAAUUUGACACCUACGGCAAGACUUUCUCCGAGGUCUGGCGUGGUACGACGCUAUUUAAUACAACCGAGCCGGCAAAUAUUCAGCACGUAGCGGCAUUGGCUGCGGAAGACUUUGGCAAAGACCCUGAUAGAGAGAUAGCCCAAUGGCCGCUUUUGGGACCCAGCAUUUUCUCAGAUGGACCUGCCUGGAGUUUGUCGAGAGAUUUGGUGAAACCCAUAUUUGCUAGGGCAGAAGUGUCGGACCUUGAUUUCUUUGCUUCUUGUGUAGACAAGUUUUCGGAGUUACUUCCGGAAAAAGGCGAGACAUUUGACAUUCAGCCAUUGCUGCAUAGACUAUUUCUGGAUUCCUCCAUGGAUUUCAUUUUUGGGCGCUCUUUAAACGCUCUACAGACGGAAGCCUCACCUGAGAGUGUUGAAUUUACUGAAGCUUUUACUACGGGACUGAAAGAAGUCAGUGCUCGGCGCGAUGCGCCAUGGUUUCAGUUCCACUACCAGCGACUCAUUGGAGGUCCAACUUGGAAGAAGGCCUACAGGACAGUUCAUCGAUUCGUAGAUAGACAAGUCCAGUUGGCUCUUAUAGAUACAGCGAAAGAGGAGGUUAGUGAUGUACAUUCGGGGAGGAAACGUUAUGUCUUGCUCAACGAGAUGGCUAAAAAGAUCCGGGAUCCUAUUGCGCUCCGAUAUCACGUAUUGGGUUUCUUCGCACCAGCACGGGAUGUGACCUCCAGACUAGUAGCUAAUGCCCUGUUCCAACUCGCCCGGCAUCCGAAUGAAUGGACUAAGCUUCGCCGCAUUUCUUUAGAGCUGGGCGACGCCCCGCUGUCGUUUGAAAAGCUAAAACAACUAGCCGAGUUCAGGUAUGUGUUGCAGGAGACCAUCAGGACCGUUGGGCCGGCAGCAAGAAUAUGGCGUGCUGCCGUACGCGACACAAUUCUACCAAAAGGAGGAGGUUACGACCAAACGCAGCCUGUGUUUAUCCCUCGAGGUUCACCAGUAGUGCUCGGCACAUGGUGCAUGAAUCAUGACAGUGACAUCUGGGGCGAUGAUGUCGAAAUGUUCAGGCCUGAUCGAUUCGUUGGGCGUAAGAUGAAUUGGGAAUUCCUUCCGUUUUAUGGAGGACCAAGAAUAUGUCCUGCUCAGCAACAGGCCAUGACCCAGGCUGCUUAUGUGCUAGUGCGGCUGACGCAGAUGUUUGAGGUAAUCGAGAACCGAGAUCCAGAGCUAGAAUUUCUGCAACUAAUCAAGAUGGGUGUUGAGAGCAUGAACGGGGCUAAGAUUGCCUUCAGAUAA